UGACGACGGCCAUUCGCCGGUGUGCACUAAGUUCUAGACUAUUAUUGUGCAUGUGCAGCCGCAGAUAUUUAUAGCUGAAACGUUUCAAAAUAAGUAGAACUUGCUAGGAAGGCGCGCUCUGAUAGUGGGAAAGCAAGCGCCCAGUAUAGUCGUUGUUCAGCGAAUUUCCGGACGCAAUGUGGAAGUGAACUGCUUCGUUCGAAAGUCAUUGCCAUUGUCGUUACUCAUUACUGUUGGCUACGUAUGGGACAGCGGUGCUAAACGGACUGUGAAGGAGUAGUUGGUGACCCUGUCGAACCACUUUUUUUCGUGGUAUUCUUGCAUCGCCUUCCACCCACGCCACGGUCAAUGGUUGUGUUGAAUGUGGUCUAGUAGCUGCCGGGAAUGUAUAGAAUGUGACCUUUCUUGUGGCCUGAAUCCUGUUUUCGUGUUGUGGGCAUGCUCAUUGAACGUUCGUUAUUAUCAUCAACAGGACUCACAUUCCAACCCCCGACUUCGUUGUCGUCAUAAAUUCCAUCCACCCGCGCGCGUCAAUAGGAGGACAUGAACGUUUGAAUAGUGAAAAUUGAAAGGAAGGACUUUUUCAAGGGUAUCUGUAUGUAUCCACCUAGGAGAGGAGAAAAUUUCAUAUUGUCCCGCCACCGUGUGUAUUGUGUAUGCAAAAAUUAUCAUAACGACGCAUUUCCAUUAAUUCUUCUUGACUUGUCUAGUCAGCAACACAACACUCCCAAUCAGUAUUAGGAGCCGCAAUAUAUCACUGGGUGAUAGUGCUAUAAAGUGUGAAGAAAAAGUGCAAUAGAUAGUGUACUGAGGAUAGAUAAAUAGUUUAGAUUUUUUAGUGUAGAAAAAUGAGUGAGAACGUGAUUAAUGAAAAUGAGGAGAGUUCAAGCCUGCUGUCGGCCGCAGCCGAUCAGACCGGCUAUGGAUCCCAAGUUUCGGAUUUUGGAUGUUUGGCACCAAAUCUUUUUCGACGAUAUCUAAUUUGCGGUACAGAGAAUGAAAUGAAGGGAGCAGGUGCUAAAACCAUGAAGCAUAUGGGCGAUCCUGAGACCGGCCGAGCCAUGGGAUCAGAAGCUAGAAAAUUACCACAAUAUAUAGCCGCACUUUCUGCCACCGGCGGUGCUUUAGCCGCUGGUAUCCUUUUGGGUUGGACAUCACCAGCAGGACCCCGCUUAACCACUGACAAGGAAUAUGACUUCGAAAUUACCUCCGAACAAUUCUCAUGGGUUGGAGCAGCCAUGACUUUGGGUGCUGCUUGUGUUUGCAUCCCGAUUGGUUUCAUGAUCGAUUGGCUUGGACGUUGGCUUACUAUGUUGCUCCUUGUCCUUCCAUUUACGCUAGGCUGGGCCCUACUCAUUUGGGCUCAAAAUGUUGAAAUGAUGUAUGUAGCCCGUUUCAUUUUGGGUGUCUCGGGUGGUGCGUUUUGUGUUACGGCGCCAAUGUACACUGGAGAAAUUGCCGAUAAGAAUAUUCGAGGAACAUUAGGAAGCUUCUUCCAGUUGAUGGUGACUGUCGGUAUUCUCUUCAUUUAUGCUAUUGGAUAUGGCUUGAAUGUGUUCCAAAUGAGCAUAAUCUCAGGAAUUGUGCCUCUUGUAUUUGGAGUGAUUUUCUUCUUCAUGCCUGAAUCACCUGUUUAUUUGGUGAGCAAAGGCCGAACCGAAAAAGCCAUCAAAUCUAUCCAAUGGCUGCGAGGAAAGGAUUAUGACUACAACAGUGAACUCGCUGAAUUGCAAGCAGAACAAGACAGGAAUCAAGCAAACAAAGUCUCACUUGCAAGUGCAUUGUCUCGUAAGUCCACCAUUCGGGCCCUUUUCAUCAGUUUGGGACUCAUGUUCUUCCAACAGUUGAGCGGAAUUAACGCAGUUAUUUUCUACACCACUGACAUUUUCAGGAACGCAAAUACUGGUAUUGAUGAAUCCCUCUCAACAAUCGUUGUCGGAUUGAUGCAAGUUAUUGCCACAUUGGUCUCAGUAAUGGUCGUUGACAGACUAGGCCGUCGUAUUCUCCUUCUGGCCUCUGGAGCCAUCAUGGCUGUCUGUACAAUUCUGAUGGGUGUUUACUUCUUCUUGCAAAAAAGGAACGUAAACGAUGUAGACAACUUGGGCUGGCUCCCAAUUCUGUCACUCUGUCUCUUCAUCAUCAUGUUCUCCCUUGGAUUCGGACCGGUCCCAUGGCUCAUGAUGGGAGAAUUGUUCGCAACAGAUGUCAAAGGUGUCGCAGGACCAAUUGCUGGAACAACGAACUGGGUCUUGGCUUUCAUUGUAACGAAAACCUUCAACAAUUUACUGGAUGGCAUUGGUACUGCACAAACAUUCUGGCUCUUCUCUGGAAUAACAAUCAUUGGAACGAUAUUCGUAUUCUUCGCCGUACCUGAAACCAAAGGUAAAUCACUAGGAGAGAUUCAGAAGCUCCUUGGAGAGAAAGACGAAAGGACUGAAGAAGCAAAAUUGUAAAUUUGAAAUCUAUCGUGAAGAGGCCCAACCCAGCACUGAAUUCCCAUACAGUUAGGAGAGGAAAGUGAGAAAAUUACUGAAUUUUUGAAGCUGCUUCAGGAAAACAGCUAGUUGUUUUAGUUGAUAGUUUUUAUGACAUCAUCACUAGAUAUUUUUAUCCUUACUUUAAUAAGAUGUCAUCAGAGAGAAAAGCUUGUGUAGAUUUUGAAAAUGGAUGUCUAAAUGUUGCUUUACAAUAUACGACCUUAUACCAAGAACAAAAGUCAUACCAACAGCCAAUGGACGUAGUAAGGAUGUCUAAAGGAUAAAAGCAACAACCAAAAUGUAAUACUGUAUAAAGUCGUUAUUUAUGCGCGCUAUUGAACUGUUUUUGUUAUAUUAGAUUUAGGGUAGUCAUAAUUAUAUAAUUUAUUCAAUAAGGAACCACCCUGAACUUUCUGAAUUACAAA